AUGAAAUAUUUUAUAAUUUUUAUAGUAUUAAAUAUUUUAUUAGGUGUGGUUUAUAGCGAUGGGAAUGUUACACCACAGAGUAUAAAAAUUGCAUUUUCUCAAUCAAUUGAUCAAAUUAGAAUAACAUGGUAUACUGAAGAUAUAUCAGAAGCACCCGUUAUAUUGUAUAACACUCAAUUAUUUUCACCAGAAAAAGAUUCAUCAUUAGCUGUACAAGGAGAAGUAAUUUCAUAUAAAUCAGAGGAUUCAAAUUUUGUAGGUCAUCCAAACACUGCUGUUAUUGAAGGACUUUCAGAUUUUACCACUUAUUAUUAUUGUGUAGGUGAUAAAUCCGUUGGUGUAUAUAGUCAAAUUUAUAAUUUUACAACUGGUAUUACAAGUAAUAUUGGACAAUUCGAAUCAUUCACACUUGCAUUUUAUGGAGAUAUGGGUUUUGGUGGGGUCGGUUUACAAUCUGAUUUUCCAACAAUAAACAAUGUUUUAUCAAGAGAUGAUAUUAGCUUUAUUAUUCAUGUCGGAGAUAUUGCUUAUGCUGAUUUAGGUGCAAGUACUGAACUUACAGGCAAUCAAACUAUUUGGAAUGGUUUCUUAGAAUCAAUUACUCCAUUAGCUACACAUCUACCAUAUAUGACCUGUCCAGGUAAUCAUGAUUUAUUUUAUGAUGAUUUAUCAGUUUAUUCAAGAACAUGGCAAAUGCCAACCGAUAAAGAUAGUGAUACAUGGUAUUCAUUCGAUUAUAAUGGUGUUCAUUUUGUUGGUUUUUCAUCUGAACAUGACUAUACACCAUUAUCACCACAAUUUGCAUGGUUAGAAAAUGAAUUAAAGACAUAUCGUCAAAGCAACCCAGAUGGCUGGCUUGUAGCAUAUUCACACAGACCAUUCUAUUGUUCUGCAAUUUGGGAUUGGUGUGAUGAUACUCCAUCAGAUAGUAUAACUCAUCACAAUGAUAGUCUUGGCAAAGAAACAUUUAACUUGAUCGAAGAUUUAUUAUAUCAAUAUAAUGUUGACCUCUAUUUAGCUGGUCACCAACAUGCCGAGGAAUACUCUGUUCCAGUCUACAAAGGUAAAAACACAGGCUCUUUCGACGAACCAAAAGCAACAGUUCACAUCACUGUUGGUACUGGUGGUAACGCUGAUGGCUCUAUUGCAGGCUGGCAAUCAAGACCAACCUGGGCUGGUGGUGAAAGAACCGUUUCACCCGGAUUCGCAAUGUUAACAUUCUAUAACUCUACCAGUCUGGGCUAUAAAUUUGUUGCAAAUGUCAACAACACCAUUAUCGACGAAUUCACUUUAACUAAAGGUUCCUUUUAA